AUGACGGAUCCCAGAAGAAGAACAGGUCGUCACUUCUUGACACCAGAAAAUUUAUCGUCUACGAUACAGAUCACAAGCUUACCCCCAGAAUGGAACCAAGAUAUAAUUACAUCGGUCGUGGCAGGUUCUGGUCCAAUUAUAGAUAUAAAACCUAAGAAUGAUCCGAGAACUGGUAAACUUACCGGUGUGCUGUUCGACUAUCUGACUAGUAAAGACUGUAAACGUGCUUGGGAAACUUUAAAUAGAAUUGAAAAUUUUCCCGUAAAGAUAGAACAAAUAAUUCCUUCAAACUAUAAAGAGCAUCUUAAAGAAGCAGCAAGUAAUAAUAAUAAUAUCAAUAAUAUUAAUAGUCAAAAGCAAGUGUUACAGCUUAAUAGAGACUCUUAUCCCUUUGAAGCGGGAUUAGAAUUGCCAUUCGAAAUGGUGACAGAGGUCCCUAUUCCUAGGCGACCACCACCACCGCAAGCUUUGAACAAUACCAAUUCCGCUUCAAACAACACAAAUAUUCAAUUUCCUGAUAUAUUAAGUAAAGCAUCCAAACACUUGCCAACUUUCCAAGAUGGCUCAAUUACUGCUCCAGAUAAAAUUUCGCAAAAUUUAAGCAAAAUUCCGCCAUUACAACUUAUUGAAAUCAUAUCAAAUUUGAAAAUCCUAUCUAAUCAAGAGAAUAUCCAGAAAUCGCAAUUGGAAUCCUUCUUGAACACCAACAACGAUAUCACCAUAUCUGUGACACAAGCCCUAUUGGAAAUGGGGUUCAUAGAUUACAGCGUGGUAACAAAAGUGUUGAAGUCUCAAACUAGUGAGGUUCCAUCGAUGCUUUCAAGUAACAAUACAAGCAAUUCAAACACCCCUAUGGGCGGAAUCAGAAACAAUACUCCGCUGCACGUUUCGUCCAAUGACGUCAAUAACCACGCCAACAAUAUGCCAGUGAACAUGGGUAUGCCAAUGCCCAUGGCAACACCUCCAUUUAUUCCUCCCCCUUUACAACAGCAGCCGUUUGGCUUUAUGCCACCAGGACCGUUCAUGCCUCCAACUCAAGGCUCUGUGCCCAUGAACCAACCCUCGUUGGUUCAGCAACAAAGUAUAAACACUGCAGAAGCGCCAUCCGGAGCAAGCAAGGAUAGUUCCAAUGGAACCAUCAAUAUUGCGAAACUGCAGCUGCUACCCGAAAACCAACAAGACAUGAUCAAACAAGUUCUUACUUUGACGCCUGUCCAGAUCCAAAGUUUACCAAGUGACCAGCAACUUAUGGUGGAAAACUUUAGAAAGGAAUAUAUACUCUAA